AUGUUUGAGAAGGUCUCGAUCUCCUCGAUCUCCACGAUCUGCUCGAUCUCACUCGCCCAAGUCGAGCCGUUCUGGGCGGAGAGGCUACAGGAACCGCUCUCUGACGCAGUUCGAGGUUCGAGUGGCAAUGCUUCGACACUACAUAGGAGAGCUCCUGAAUUCUCAGAAAUUCGAUUCCUUCCUUGGCCUCAUCAUCAUUGCCAAUGCUGUGAACAUAGGUUUGGACCUGACAUGGCGGGCGGAAGGCAAGGACACGACCAUCUGCGGUACGUUGGAGCAUGUUUUCCUGGCGGUUUACGUGGUCGAGCUGCUGAUGCGGCUCUUCGUCGACUGCAGACGGGCUGUUUCGGACAAUUGGGUGCGUUUCGACACGUUCCUUGUCGUCGUGGGGGUGCUGAGCCAGUGGAUUCUCGAGCCCUUCUUCUCGGAUGUUUCCGAGGUGAACACCCUGAUCCUCCUGCGCAUGGCGCGGCUCCUGAGACUCGCCAAGACGGUGCGCUACCUGAUGCGCUUCCGCGAGCUUUGGCUCCUGGUAGUAGGUUUGGCGAACUCAGCCUACACCAUGAUCUACACCAUCCUUCUUCUCGUAGUGAUACUGCAGCUCAUCCUGCCAUUAGCACAACUUGGCCUGAUGAUCUCCACAGCGCAGACAGUCCAAGGUAUAUUUUUGCAUGUAAUUUGCCAGCUGCCAUGGUCACUCUUCUUCAGUUUGUCUCCUUCGACAACAUUGUUCACGUGUACAAGCCGCUCGGAGACAGAGAUGGGGUCCUCCUUCUUUACUUUGUUCUUGUCAUCCUGGUCGUCGGUAUCGUGAUCAUGAACUUGGUCACGGCUGUGAUCGUCAACUCGAGUCUAGAACAGGCGGCAAAGGAUAAGAGCUUGCUGCAUGCGAUCGAGGAGCAGAACCGGAAGAAGGUCCUAGCCGACCUACGCGCCAUGUUCUUCCGCCUGGACCACGACAACUCCGGCGAGGUCUCCAGAGAUGAGAUAGCUGCGAUAGCUCCACGCGAGCAGAAGAUGCUGCGAGACCUGACCGGUUUCGACAAUGCUGUGGAGCUCUUCGACGCGUUGGAUCUGCAGGAGUCUGGCGAGAUCGGAAUCGAGGAAUUCUGCCAGGGGCUACAGCAAAUUGCUGUAUCCGAAAGUCCGCUGGAGAUCAAGCGCAUGCAGAAGCAGGUGGAGCACAUCAAGCACCAUGUGGCAAAGUACAUGGCGGAAACGGACCAGAUGAAGUCGCUUCUUCAUGAACUUGUGUCGGGCAUGCAGAGGAUGGAAUCAGGUGUAAACUCCAUGUCCUCAGCUGCUUGGGUGGCAGGUGCCCCCAGCGACCAGAGACACAGCUUCAUUGCUGCACCCGGGCAUUUCUUUGUCCCACUCGACAAUGACGUGACCCACGGGCCGCGACCGGGUUUGGGUGGCGAGACUACAGAAUCUGGCAAGGAGACCCACAAAGACAGCGCUGAGAAUGGUGGGUCCUCUUCGCCGUCAACGCCCACGCCGAAAAAGAAACGAAUCCAAGCAAGCAAUAGCUGCAGCUUCUACAUGCACUGA